CUGGAUUUGGGGAUUACGGACAAUUAAAAACGAACAGAAGGGUUGUUCGCUGACUGCUGAGGAGACGAGGAGACGAGGAACAGCCGAACAGAAGAACAGAAGGGCUGCGCUACUUGUGGUAUUGUUCGAGUUCGACUUCUUCAAUCAGGAUAUUUCUCACUUGUGCACUUCUGAAAUUGAUCAAAUUUGUUGUGAAGAAGAGGGAAAAAUGCUUUCAGGUUUGAAGUUUAUACCACGUGAUCAGAUGGAUAAAGCUAAUGAUGAGCAGUCAAGUGAUUCUGACACAAGGAAAAGUCAUAAGAAGAAAAAGAAGUCUCGUCAUCAUGAUGAUGGAUCCGAGAGAAUCAAGAAACGGUCUAAAAAGAAGUGGUAUUCCUCGGAAGAAGAUUCCUCAGAUGCUAGUGAAAGUGACAGUGAUGAUGAUUCAAGGACGCGCAGGAAAAGGAAAGGGAAGUCGAAGAAAUCAAGGAGGAGUAGAGAAUAUUCCAGUGAUGACGAUGACAAUGAUGAAGAUAAAGUUGGCAAGAAAAGCCGUAAGAAGAACGGCAAGAAGAAAAGAUCAGACAAGAAUUUUGAAUCCGAUGAGGAUGGUGUAUCUCGUUCCCCGAACGCCGAAAACAUCAUAAGGAAAGAAAUGGGUUUGGAGUGGAUGCUUAGACCUAAAGAUGACGUGGCCCCCAAAUCUGCGUUAGCUUCUUCUGAUCUGCUAGAAGAAACACCUGCUAAGGAGAUUAAAAAGGCGAAUCCAAGAGAGCUGAAUCCUUACUUGAAGAACGAUGGAAGUGGUUACCCAGAAGAGGAAGAGAAACAAGGAGAGAGUAAUCUGCUGUCAACAUCUGUAGUAGGAGAUGGUGGUGCCAGCUGGAGGCUUAAGGCGUUGAAACGCGCUCAGGAGCAAGCAGCCCGUGAAGGAAAAAACCUUGAUGAGGUAGUUGGAGAGCGUUGGGGCUCAUUGGGUAAACUGGCGGUUUCAGUGGCAUCAGGUUCUGCUGCACCUUCUCAUGCCCACCUUCAUGCCAUCAAGAACAGGAUAAGAACGCAGUUUAGGGAUCAGCAAAAUGACACUGAAAGGGAUAGCAAGAAGGGAACACCCGACCGCCACCAUACCAAAAUGAGAAUGCCGAGACCUGAUGAUUCCUUAUCCUGGGGGAAGCGGAAAAAUCAGAACAUGUCGGUUAAGGAUGCUGGUGUCAUUUCUUCUGCAUUGUCCAGCAUGCAGAAGUUUACCAAUGAUGGGAGUUUUCUGCAACAGUUCAAGUCUCAGCAGCAGCAGCAAGAAAAGCAAAAUGAUGACUCUUGUCCAGAUCGUAACACGCACAUAAUGCCUGAUGUAUCCAAAUCUAAAGAGCCGUUAUCAAGUACAGCAGACGUAAAGCCUGCACUCAGUGCAAAUCAGUUGGCUGCUAAAGCCAUGCAGCUGCGUUUGAAAGGAAAGCAUGAUGAAGCUGACAAACUUCUGAAAGAGGCUGAUGUGUAUGAAGAGAAACGCAAAGCAGAUACCACCAACAGAACGAUUUCAGAGGGUGAUGUAACCACAAGCAGGUAUAUAAUGCACGGCUUAAAAACACGUGAAAAGAAGAAAGAGGAAGACGCGGACAUGCAUGUAGCACGUUCAAUAAUGCAAAACAGAAAGUUUAGUAUAUCUGGUCAGGCGGAUGAUGAAUAUGAUUAUGAUGACGGACCUAAGAAAAAGAAACGAGGUAAAGGCGACAAUGGUGCUCCUAAGUCAACCGGAAAUACCCGUUUUGAAAAAGGCAUAUUAACCCAGAAAGAACGCUGCAACUUUUGUUUUGAAAAUCCUAAGAGGCCACGUCAUCUAGUUGUAGCAAUCGCCAAUUUCACAUAUUUAAUGUUACCUCCGUGGCAGCCUGUUGUACCAGGACAUUGUUGCAUAUUGCCCAUGCAGCAUGAGUUGGCAACGAGAAGUGUGGAUGAUAACGUGUGGGACGAGAUACGCAACUUCAAGAAGUGUCUUCUAAUGAUGUUUGCGAAACAAGAGAAGGAGGUCGUAUUUCUUGAAACGGUGAUGGGGCUCGCAAAGCAGAGCCGACAUUGUAUGAUAGAAUGCAUACCUUUGCCUCCAGAUGGUGGUAAACAGGCCGCUCUUUAUUUUAAGAAGGCAAUUGAUGAAGCCGAAGAUGAAUGGAGCCAACACAAUGCCAAGAAAUUAAUCGACACAAGUGUAAAAGGGUUGCGACACUCGAUACCAGAAGACUUUCCAUACUUCCAUGUGGAGUUUGGUUUGAAGAAAGGGUUUGUUCACGUUAUCGAUGAUGAAUCGCAGUUCAAGAGCAAUUUUGGCGUGAAUGUUAUAAGGGGUAUGCUUCAGUUGCCUGCAGAAGACAUGCACCGACGCAACAAAUACGACUCUAUCGACACCCAGAAAGAAGCUGUCGCGAAUUUUACUCGAGAUUGGGAGCCUUUUGACUGGACCAAGCAACUCGAUUAACGUUGAUUGGAGACUUGGUUAGGCUGUCGGAAUCUUCAAACCAAGGUAUGACAAGUAAGGAUCAUCUCGGUUGGGAUCUCUGGCCAUGAACCCUGAGGUACUUCUAAACUCGUGAACGAGGAUUGGUUGGCGCUCGGUUUUCACUUUGAUCAACUUAUCUCGCGCCUAAAAUGCGCAUGUUUGCUCUCAGAGGUGAUAUAACAAAUUUCAGUUAUAAAUGUUUUUAAACUGAAAUGUAACAUGUGGGUGUUUUAUUUUUGUAGGUAUAUCCCUUUUUUAUUUGUUUAUGUUUGCAUCUUUUACACUUAAGUAUUUGUAAAGUAGCAUACGAUAGUUUUGUCUUAAUUUAUAAAAUUUUCCCAAGUAUAAAGAGGGUAACCGGUAGUAAA